AGGCGCUCCAGCCUCCCAAGAGCACACGUCUUCAUUGCACCAUUGCGCGCUGGGCGCACACGCACGCUAUUCACUGCUUCUGCGCUCCUACUCCUUCUCGUUCUCGUGUCCCUGCUCCACUUAGAGAUCCGUAAGCUCCAAGGCAGCACCGCAUCCGGCCCCGCCUCAUCACCCUGUCCACGCCAUGUCUGAACUCAGCGUCUACGACAACGAUCCCACGUUGUACCUGUUUACUUCGUUGACUGCUGGCUCCUCGCAUAUUGUCACGGCUACGUCGCGCAUUGAGACGAUAUUGAAAGCCAACAAGAUUCCCUUCAAGGGUGUGGAUACCGCGACGGAUGAGCUGGCGCGGAAGCUCUAUGGGCGGAGAGCGAGGGGAAAAAAGCUGCCGCUGCUUGUGAAGGAGGGCUUUGUGAUUGCGGAUCUCGAGCAGAUCGAAGAGUGGAAUGAGUAUGACGAGCUCAAGGAAGCACUGGGCGUGUCCUCUACACCAGCGCCUGUGCCUGCGAAGUCUACUCCCGCCCCAGUUGCUGCUGCACCAGCCGCGACCGCGGCCCAGAAGGAGAAUACGCCCAUAUCUAGCUCAGAGCAGAACCUCGCUCUCCGCCAGUUAGGCGCCGAAGCCGCAAAGGUCGCAGCGUCGAAGAAGCACGUCCCCGAAAAGAUAACCACCACCAACCCCCUGCUAGCCGAGAAGCUCAACUCGCCCGCCGCUUCAACACCAACAAAGGGCUCAAAAGCAGACACAAGCGCCAUCCUCUCCCCGCGCUCAAUCCCCCUCCCUGCAACGCCACACGCCGCCCCCUCCUCCUCAGCCGCCGAAGACCAACCCCCCACCGCAAAAAGCCCCACCAUCCCCAAACUGACCUCCAAACCCGUCCACUCGCCGCCCUCCCGCCACAUCGACGACGCGAAUCCCGCCCUCGGCGCCGCGCCGAUAUCCUCCUCCUCCUCCGCGAACAAUGUCCGAUCCCCACGCUCCUCGAUAGCAUCGCCCGUGCCGCAGUCGCCCGGCUCGAACCCCACGAGCCCGAUCACGGAGUUCCACGGGUCGAGGGUUGGCAUGGUGAGCGACGAGGAGAUCAAGCAGAUAGAGCAGGAGCAGGCGAUUCCGGAGGUGAGCAGCACCGAAGAGGAGGACAGCGAGUACGAGCCGCUCGCUAGGAAGGGGGCGGGGAAGAACAACGCGGGGAAGGCAGAGGUCGCUGGAGCGUUGGAGAGCGAAGAGGACAGCGACGAAGAGGACAGCAGCGAAGAGGAGAAGACGCAGCAGCAGAGCGCGAAGGCUGCGGCGAAGGCGGGGGAUAGCGUGCUGGAUUGAGGAGGGAGGAGUGCGGGUGGUCUCCUUCCUUUCAGUUUAGCAAGGAGUGAAUGCGAUGGCUGUAUGUCUAAUCUUUUAGGAUACCAAUUUUCUUCGUCUUCUUUGGCAAGGGGACUGCUUGCUUGCUUGCUUGCUAGAUCACGGUGCGGUGCGCAGCGCAGCGCAGGGAUAGCUAGCUAGCUCUGCGAUAGACAUUUCUCUGAAUCUACGUGACACCGUUAGAC